AUCGAAUAAUCUAUGCAGCACGAUUCGUGCCGUGCCCCAUGCCAUGUUACAAUGUGAGAAUGGUGUGUAAAGGUGAAGUGUACUGGUUCGAAUCAUGUUUCACAGAUUUUAGAUUAAAUAUUAUAUUUUUCAAUUGAAUAUUAUUUUUAAUGUAGAAAAAAUUCUUUAGUAAAUUCUGAUUGUAUUAAUAAUGAGUAAAAAGACUGUGAAUACUGACACUUCAUCUGACAAUAUGAAUUCAUCUAUUAAUAAAUCUAAUCAAUCAUCUAAUAAUACAAAAAUGUUUAUUCUUCCUCCAAAUGUAUUUCAAAAUAUUUGUCUUAGUAACUCAAUAGAAAAAGGUGAAAGUAUAAUGUCUGCUUUAGAAUUUAUAAAAAAAGAUAAUAAUAUAAAUGCUAUCAAAAUUCAAGAACAUAAAAAUCUUGAGAUUUCUACAUCUAGGAAUUUAAAUUCAAAUAUUGUAAUAAAACCAACUACAGUUAUAAAAAUUAAUAAAAAUAAUUCAGCAGAUAAUGCAGAUAAUGAAAGCUUAAAAAAUACCACAGAAGUGCCUACAAUUAAGAUAAAUGAAGAAAAGUCUGCUUCUAAAGCAAAUCGUACAAAACAGAUGCAAAAUCUUCAUAAUAAUAUAAAAAAAGAAAAAGAUAGCACAAAAGUAAGUAACUCAAUGAAUGUUUCAGAAAAUCAAAAUAUAUUAGAGAAAGUAAAAUCUACUGCUGAAAAUUCAAAAAAUAAUCAAAUUACCUCAAAGGAUGUACCAAAGUCUCAAAGAACAAAUACAAGAUUUGAACAAAAUACUAAUGAAAAAUAUUUAAAUAUAAAUUUAGAAGAAAAUAAGAAAGCAGAAAAUAUAAAUGAAAUGGAUGAAAAUUUACUUGGUAAAUCUGAAUGUAUUCAUCAAAACAAAAAAACUAAAUUUGACGGUUACAUUAUAGAAUAUAAAAAUGAAUGCACAAAAAAAACUACAACUUCAGAUAAAAAAAGAAAAAAUAUUCCUAAUAAGGAUUUAAAACAAGCAAUAAUUUCUGAUACUUCUUUAUCAAAUAGAAUUGAAACAAAUGAGAAACAAGUUUUUAAUAAAAAAUAUGUGAAACAAGAAAUUGAAGAUAAAAAUAAUGAAAAAAUUACAACUACAUUUGAUUCAUAUGUUUCUUCUAUUUCUAUCACACCAGCUAUAACAAAAAAUUCACUGCCUUUGAAUUCCAGCAACAAUUCUGGAAAUCAUUCUAAUAUUACAAGUAAUGUAAAGCAUUUGCAAAAUAAAAAUAUAAUAAAUAAAAAAAAUUUGAAAGAAAAAAAUUUCAGAAAUGUAAAGCUAAAUGAUAAUAAUUGUGGUAAUAAAGUACAAAUAAAAUCAAUAAAUACCUCUGUAACUGAAUGUAUUCCUGUAAUAAACGAAAGCUUAAAAUCAUGUGUAAAAUCAGAAAAUGUUAAAAAUACAAGUAUUGAUGAAAAUAAAAUAAAUUUGUCACUCAUAACACCAGAUAUUUCAUUAAACAAAACAAAUUUUAAUACAAAAUCAAUAAGUCAAAGUGAUAACAGUCAAAAUUUAAUAAAUACACCUCCAAUAAGAAAAAGAGGAAGACCUAAAAAAAUUAUAUUUACAUCUGAAAAAACUAUGGACAUUUCAAAUAAAUUAGAAGAAAAUUUAAAAGAUUCACAAAAACUUAAUGAUGUUUCUAUUGCAGAAACAGUAAUUCAUAAUAGGAGACAUAAUGAACAUUUAUAUAAUAUUAAUAAUAAUGAUGGCUUAAAUAAUAAUAAUAGUACUAAAGAUAACAUUCCAAUUUCAAUUAUUGUUGGAAAAAGAAAUAAAAUAAUAGGUACAUCUUCAGAUAAAGCAAAAGAAGAAGAAGAAGAAGAAGAAGAAAAAAUUGCAAAUAAUAAAAGAGGAAGAGGAGAGAAGAGGAAGAGAGAGAAAAAACUAGAAAGAGAAGAAACAAAAGGAGAAGAAGAAGAAAAAGGAAAAGGAGAAGAAGAAAAAGGAAAAGGAGAAAGAGAUAGAGGAAGUAGCAGAGGAAGAGGUAGAGGUAGAAGUAGAGGUAGAGGUAGAGGUAGAGGUAGAGGUAGAGGUAGAGGCAAAGGCAGAGCAUCAUCUCAUUCUACGUUGGACACUGAAUAUAUACAAACAUUAAAGGGACCAGAAACUAUUAUGGAAGAAAUAAAAAAAGAAAAUUCAGAUGAAAUUAAUACUAUCGUCCAUACAUCAGAAGUAGAUUUAGUAAGUUGUGCCAAAUGUGAAAUAGAUAUGUUAAAAAAUAAAUGGGAUUCACAUAAUUUACUUCAUCAUAACAAUAUGAGUUGGAUAAAGGGUGAUAAACCUAUGGAUUAUGAAAAUGAUAUUAAAUUAUGGAGAAAGAUUUUAACAUCUGCAAUUAAAAAAAAAAAGGGUCAUUUGUGUUGUGAAAAAUGUGAAGUUGUGAAACGUAGUGUGAAUGGUUUUAUAUCUCAUAUGCAAUUUUGUGGAAAAUCAGAAGAAGAAAAGAAAGCUUUAAUGGUAACUUGUCCAAUUUGUGGUGCUGUUAUGAUGCCAUCUUCUAUGGAAAUACAUGAAAGAACUCACAGAUUAUCAGAAAAAAAUAAAGUAACAGAAGUACAGUUAUGUACUAAUGAUAAUGAAAAAGUAAAACGUAAAGCUGCUGAAAAAGCAGUUUCAAAAAUUUUAGAAUUUUCUGAAUUUUUCAAGGAUAACAGUCCACCUCCUGAAAAAAAAAUGAAACUUCUGAAAAGUUUAAUCAAAAUACCCAAACAUAAAAUGCCUAUUCCAUCAGUGUGGAAAUGCAUAUGGAAAAAAGAAUUAUUCUCAGUGGGAAUAACAAAUUGUCGUCAUGUAGGUUGUACUUAUACGUGUACUUCUAUUGAAGAUAUAUGUAAUCAUUUUAAAAAUUGUAACUUCAUUCCUGAAAAGUCUUAUAUAUGUAAAAUAUGUAAAUUUUCAAGUAUAUCUUAUGAAGAUGCAACAAAACAUGUAACAACAAAACAUAUUGCAACAGAAGGAAUUGACAGAUAUUCCGAUUUUGAAGAAGAAGAUUAUAAUUCAGAUGAAUUAUUUUUCACGAUGAAGUUUCUGGGCAAAGAACAAUAUCAAAAAAUUCGAUGGACAGGAACAUAUUUGCCUGCUAUACGAUGGACUAUGGAAUUUGAACAAAAGAAUUAUGAAUUUUGUUUAUUUAAUGAUUAUUUUCCAAAUCAAUUCACGUUAUUAAACAAUAUCGAUAUUCUUAAAUAUUUACCAGAAUUAGAAGUUUCCAUGAGAACAAAGAGAAAAAACAUAUCUGAAAAAUUGUGUGAUACAGAAAUUCCAUGGAAGCAAUGGAAACGAUUUGAGGGUGGUUUAGAUGAAGGUACUUCAAUUUUUUUUACUGGUGGUCCAGUAUGGGCAUUAGCUUGGUUACCUAUUCCAUCACCAAUGUAUUCUAAAAAACCUCAUCAAUAUAUCGCAAUUAGUACUCAUCCAACAAUGACAAGUGAAUAUACUGUUGGAAAAUCAUACACUGGACAUAAUAUGAUACAAAUUUGGAGUGUUGGACAUUUAGAUCAUGAAAUUGAUAGUAAACAAGAAUCUCCUGCUUUAUCAUAUGUAAUUGUACAUAACAACGGUACUAUAUGGUGUUUAGAAUGGUGUCCUUCUGGAUGUUAUCAAGAUGAAAGUUUAGAUAAUUAUAAAAAAGAAAAUUCUUGUAAUCUUAAACGAAUGGGUCUACUUGCAGCAGCUUGUUCAGAUGGAAAUGUACAUAUUUAUUCAUUACCCUUUCCAGAGGAGCUUAAAUUUAAAAAAUCUAUAGACAAUGAAUGGCCUAUAUAUUCUACUGAUCCAAUAAUAACAUUAGUUGUAAACAUUGCAAUAUAUGAUAAUAAUGGUCAAACUUGGCAAUGUACUAAGUUGUCAUGGACAAAAGAACAUGGUCAUAAUACUAUUGCUGCAGGAUUUUCAAAUGGUUACAUAGCUUUAUGGGAUUUAACAUACAAAUCACCAUUAUCAAUACAAAAAAGACAAAAUACAUAUUUCAUAAAUGCAUUUCAGCAUUUUUAUGCUCACAGUAAUGCUGUGAGUAUGGUAGCAUUAAUUCCAUAUAAUGGAGGAAGAUUUUUGGCUUCUGCUAGUUUAGAUAGAUCAUAUAAAUUUUGGAAUUUAGAAGAUAUAAAUACUCCACAAACUAGUAUGCAAAAAACUAUUAUAGUGAAUGGUGCAUGGAUGACACAUUGGCCAUGUGCUGUUAUUAGUUUUGAUGAUGCGCUAGGGAAUCAGCAUACAAAUUCUCACUUAAUUCCAUUAAGAGAAUAUAAAUUUAAAUAUUAUCCUACAUUAGGAUCAAAUUCUUCUACAUAUGCUUUAGCCGUUUCUGAUUAUGCAAAUAGUAUUGCACAUGGUACAUUAGCAGGAGAAGUUCAAACAUUAUUUGCACAUGAACUUGUAUAUGAAACGACUCUCGAAAAAGCUUUAUUGAAAAAAAGCAAGUUGAGUUCAUUUAUUAAAAUAGUGGACUUCUCAGAAAAAGAAGAUAGUAUGGAUGAUGAAAAACACAAUAAAAAUCCAAAAGAUCAUCGUUACAUGCCAGAAACUUAUAAUGAAUGUCAAGAUCGAUUCGGUAAUUUUUGUGAUAAUUUAAAAGAAAAUGAACAAAUAAUGUUCAAACGAAUGUUGUAUGCAGAGGAAUCAGAAGUUCCAAUUGAAGAAUAUCCAUUUAUGUCAGUAAACAGAAUAUCUUGGAAUCCGAAUGCAUGGAGUUAUCUAUGGAUGGUAGUUAGCUACCAAAGUGGUUUGGUAAGAUUGUUAAAUUUUAAAUAUAUGUCAAUGUCGUCUGAAUUACAAGCACUAUUACCGCGACAUAUAGAAUCUAUGCUUAAUAAAGCAAAGAUUAUAGCAAAAGAAUAUUGCUAAUUCAAAAAAAAAUAAUCUUAAUUUAUACUAUUCUAAAAUCAAGCGUAAUGAAAUUGAUAAUGAUUGCUUGUUAUUAAUAUGUAGUAAAUUAUUUUUUAUAAUUUUAUACAUAUUAGGACUGAAAUGCCAAUGAUUGAAUAAGAUUUAUUGUUAUGUAUAUAUUUAAAAAAAUAUUUAAAUUAUAUUAAUAUGUAUUUAAACUUCUUAGGCCAUUUGAUUGUACAUAUUUUAUAAUUUCGAAUAUUUAAAAACUGAAAUGAUUAUUAUAUUAUAUUAAUAAACGAAAUCUUUUGCAA